AUGGAAAAAUGGAUUCGUCUAUCAACUAUAGCUCAGCUUCUUAGGAUUUCGUCUUUCAGCAGGGUUUCUUCUUUUCGUCACUUGUCAAUACGUAAAAUAACUUCGCGUAAUAAUUACAAGCAAGACUACGGCAUUAUUCAAAAGGCAAUCCCAAAUGACACGACCUAUUUUGAAACAUUAGAAGUAGGUGAUGAUUCCAAAGUGCCUGCAUUCGAUAUUGAUUUGGGUCAAUUACGUAGCAAUUAUUUAAAGUUUCAGCAACGUGUUCAUCCUGACAGUCUUUACAAAAAGAUGCCAAUUUUCGUCUUCAAUAGUCAUGUUACCUGA